UCCUCCAUUUACAGGUGCGGUCUAUGCGGAAGGGCGGGUUUCGUCACUAGACGUUUCAAGUCGCCCAUUUAGCACUUGAGAAACUUCCAGUUUCGAUCGUGAGCCUAUUUGAUAACAUUUCGUGUCUUACAAAGUUCAAAGAAAGACUGGACUGCAGGUUGAGAACAUUGUGAUAAAGUUAUUGGUGGAAUCGACGCUCCGAAAGAAAACAAAGAGAAACCUAUCACUACCGACAUGUUUGCCUUCGCAUUUAUGCUUCUCUUUUUACAGACAACAGACACGGUGGCCUUCGACGUGACAACGAGUACUCCAGUCGUCAAUGUGCCGGAAAACCAAGGGGCUGACCUAAAAUGUUCGUAUACUGCUGACUUUGGAACUCCCAGACUUGAAUGGAAAUUCAAGAAUUUGAAGGCGUCUCAAACUCUUGUUAUCUUCAAUGGAGCCCCCACUGCGGGGUAUACUGGCCGCGUUGAGCUGUACACGGGCGGUCUGAGGUUCAACAAAGUGACACGCGCAGACAACGGUGAAUAUACCUGUGAAGUCUCCUCCAGCCAGGGUUUCGGAGAAGCCGUCGUGAAGCUGGUCGUACAAGUGCCGCCCUCCAAGCCCCUGUGCAGAAUCCCCACGUCUGUCACCACCGGGAGGCAGGUGACGCUCUCCUGCUUCGACAAGGACGGCUCCCCACCCUGCACCUACAAGUGGUUCAAGAACAACACCCCCCUCCCCGAGGACCCCAGCAAGUUCCCCGCCUUCAAAAACUCCUCGUUUACCAUCGACUCCAAAUCCGGCGAUCUGGUAUUUCCGAAGAUCUCAAAGUUGGAUUCAGGAUCGUACUUCUGCACAGCCAGUAAUGGCGCUGGUGCUCCGCAGAGCUGUGCCGCAGUCCAAAUGGCAGUCCAGGACUUGAACACGGGGGGCAUUGCCGCUGGCGUCAUCAUAGCUCUGUUGGCACUGGGAUUGCUGGCAUUUGGACUGUGGUACGCUCAUCGCAAAGGAUACCUUCCCAAAAAGUCUGAAAGCAAACCCCGGGCACUGUACCAACCACCAUCUGACUAUGUUGACGAGGAAGACGGGGAGUUCAGGCAGAAGUCUUCCUUCGUGGUCUGAACAGUACUGGAACAGAACUGGUGGGCAAGCACUGAUAAAACGGUCGCUUUGGAACUGUAGAGGAAGAUCACUACCAACUCACAUGUGGGCUUGGUGUUGAUGCAUUCUGAGGUUUUAAUGUAUUGGGAACAUUUUUAUACUGAGUUGCUGGAUGAACAUAUCCAUUUUAAAUCACUCCUAAUUUUCUGGGUAGGACAAAAGCUUUCUCAAAUUCUAACAUUGCUCGUCUGUGCAGCUGUCCCAUUUGCACUAACUCUCCCCCCCCCCCCCCCCCCCCCCGUGCUAUGCACUGUGACUCUUCGUUUGAGCCGUAGAUGGAUAGAAACAAAACCAAACAGGGUUAUAUGCUUAUAUGAAAUACUUCAACCAUACUUGCGAUGUUGGGAAAAUUUGAAAACAUUUCUGCCGGUCCCUGAGAAUUUAACUAGAUGUUUUCCUAGCCAAAUUGUGCGAUCUCAUGAAAGGCUAUUUUUUUAAAUAGUGAAAAUUGGUGAACAUGUAUGUUUCUUAUAAAUUGUCUGUAAUCUGCGGGAGUUUGUUUAAAGGGAUUAUUCAUUUCCAUUGUAUUUGAGCCAGGUAGCUGGGAGAAUGUAAACGGUGCUGGGCUUCAGUUUUUGGGGUGGAGUUGGUGACACAGAAAGGGGGUCAUUGGGUAACAUUGGAGCUGGUGCGACUGGAUCAGACUGUGUGUGUAACAUAGAGCCCUUGUGCUUCUGCCUGUUUCAAAACAACUGUAAGCACCCUUUUAUUCUUUAUAUAAGCCAUAAUGCACCUUUUUCCUGUGUGCAGUCCUGGAUAUUAUUCCCUCAAUCCACACUAUUUCCUUUCUGAGUUAUUUUGCUUUCAUAUGGCCUAAACAAGGUGGAGCCAUAAUAUUGUGUGGUUGCUUGACUGGUUUGAACCAAUCACUGUGUGUUGCUGUGGAGGACCGAGCCUUUUGAUUUGUUUAAAAGAGUCUGAUUGACAUCUUACCUCAUAGUUCCAUAGUUACUAGGCUCAUUAAACCUCACUACAUCUCUGUAAAUCAGGACAUACAACAAUAUGGAUUUCCCUAAUGCAAAUUAUGCUUGUUUGAUACUGUGUUAUUAAUUGUCACUGUACAGUAAAUCUAAGAUGUUUCAACCAAGGUUCAUGUUUGUUGUAAACAUUUUUUUUUAAAGAAUUGUCCUUUUUCUUAUGCUCUCUUAAGAUUAUGUGUUGUAAAUACUGUGCUGUGUGCUUAUUUGCCCCUACGCAUUAUUUCGGCUAUGAAUUAUUUUUAGCUUGAUUAUUGAGGGGCCUUUGUUUGUUUUUUAUUGUUCAUAAUGAUAACAGCACCCCCUUUAGUACAAUGUAGAAUUGCAGCCUCUGGUUUUAAUGGUCAUUAGUAAUGUGUGAGGAGAGAAAUUAAAUGUUAUUGACUAUAGAUUUAGACAUUUUGCUAGAAUUUCCCCCUUUGUGUUGUGAAGAAUAUUAAUAAAUUUGAUUUUAUUUAA